UCCGCUUCGGAGCAGCUCGAGUAUCACGCUGAAUUGUCUGCAUGAUUCAUCCAUAAAUGCUGAUAGCUUCAAAUCGACUUCUUUUACGAUAAGUGAUACGAGAUUUUCUGGUUCGGUCAUUGGGGCCUUCCCCUUCGAUUGUGUUCGGGUGGCGAUACCGGCAUACGAUUCCGCCGGUUCUGGCUCUGAUACCAUCUUGUCAGAAGGCUUAGAUAUGGUUCUGACCUUAUAAAAGUUUAAGGGAGAAGAAGAAGAAGAAAACAGAGAAGAAGAAGAACGAAAAAGGGAGAAAAUAGUAGACUUCUUUAUUGAUUUCUGAUGUGUUUACAAUCGAUGAAAGGAGCCCUUUUUACAGGCCUAAAUACGUUAAAUAAAUUCAUUAUUCAAGGCGGAACCAAGCUUGCUGGAGUUGUGUGGCCGGAAUCUCGUGAUGAUGAUGAUCGGCGUCGUCUACAGGAUAGAUUUGGAAAGCAGAGGUAUCGGCUGUGGAGUCUUGUUAGGAUGAUUACAUUGCCAGCUGCAGAUCCUUUUGACUUACUAAGGACAUCAAGAAUGGCAGCAUUUGGUUUAAUAUUUCUUGGACCAUCACAGCAUUUAUGGUUUAAUUUUCUGUCAAAAGUAUUACCAAGAAGGGAUGUGCAGACAACUUUGAAGAAAAUUCUUAUGGGACAGACUAUUUAUGGACCUUGUAACAACAGCUUAUUCUUCUCCUACAAUGCAGCUUUACAAGGUGAAAGUGGUGAAGAGAUCAUGGCUAGAUUGAAGCGUGACCUGCUCCCAACAUUACGGAAUGGUCUUCUAUGCUGGCCCAUUUGUGAUUUUAUUACUUUAAAAUUUGUCCCGGUUCAUCUACAGCCAUUAACGAACAGUUCGUUUGCGUACUUAUGGACGAUUUAUUUGACAUAUGUUGCGAGCUUGAGAAAAACAAGUGCGGAGUUGUGAUGAGGUAUUGCCAGUUAGGUUAAAAGAAUAAACAAAUAUUAGUGAACUAUCUGGUAGAAAGGAGAAUUCUUUAUCUAAAACUUGGGCCCUUUUGUCAGCUCAAGCAAGUGUAAGUUGGUAAGAAAUUUCUUUAUUUUCUAUGUAGCUAGCAUUUAGCAUGUAGGCAUAUCCUUGGCUUUGGCAAAGUUCUCUUUACUGGAGAUCGUGUAGUCGACUCAGACUUUAAAUUCAUUCAUUUAUUUUUUGAAGAAUCAAU